CCUCCCUCAGUUUGUUGUCUCGCCUCGCGCCCUGACGCGCAAAAGUCCACUUCGGUUUUUCCGCGAAACUCCAAAAAUCUAUGAAAUGUGUUUGCAUGUUCCUCUGCGAGCGGGGAUGUAGAGGUGGGAUCGCGAGGACCGAGGAAGCUGGGGGAACCCACGCGUUCAGCCUCUGAGAAAGUACGCUUUUCCCACAAUAACUGACGGUGAAUGUGUUUUUUCUUUUCUUGUUCCACAUCGGUCACUGACAGACAAGACACUCUGUAGGAUUGUGUUCUCGGAGAAUAAGCUUUUUUUUUUUUUGGUUCCCUCUGCCCUUUCAUUUUCUUUUUUUUUAGUCUUUUUUGGAAUUUUCUUUUUUGUCACCAUUGUGAGAGACGGACCCCUCGGACUGUGGGAGCCCUCCCCUCCACUCGGAUCCGCUGUGGAUCCAGUGGGUGAGCCGGGGGCUCCUCUGUGCGACUGCAGAGACCAUAUGCUGCUACCGCAGAAAGGCAACCGAGCACCUCACCGGGUCCAGACAAAAGCAGCUGUUCAGAUCCAUUUACUCUGUGAAAUAAUAAGAAUGAAGCCUCGCCGAGAUAGGUGGCGAUUGGCAACGGUGCGUCAGCAGCGCGCUCGGAUGAAAGGAGACUGUCCUCAGGGGUUGUUUUUUUGGAAGAACAAUCCUCAUUUGUGUUCAUUCGACAAGUCUCCGGCAGCGCCGACACCGAACCAGAAGCCCGGCGGUUCAUUGUGCAUCAGCUGUUGUUAUUAAUAAUGCGCACGGAACUUGAUGCAGCCAUUUCCAGACGACCCAUGAAAGAACGUGGAUGAGGGCUGAGCUGUAGUGCGGGCAGAAGGCUCCGGGGCCUGUCUGUUGUCCUGUCCUGCUGGUUGAUUGGUGCAUCGAGGUGAGGCACCACUCUCCCCGGAGAACAGAACGGACAGAGGAAAGGUCUUUCCUCCCCCUCCUUGCUCACCCCUGCCCCCUUUCCACCCUCACCCCCAACCCGGGCGCGUACGCUCUGGACCAUGUCUACCAGGCUGUCGGAGGGGGGCCGGACAGAGGACCUGGAGCGGAGUAGCUGCAAACAGGACUCUCCUGUUACUGAGCGCAGGAACCGCAGUGGCAUCAUCAGUGAGCCCCUCAGUAAGAGCCUCAAGAACUCUCGUACCCUCUCCCAGUAUACGGCAGUCUCCUCGGCCACCACCAAUGGACACACGGGCAAUACUGGGUCUAAGAGCCAAUCAGCCAAGCCUCAGCCACCCCCGCAGCCCCAACCCACUGUCUCCGCACUGACUGCAGCCAAGUUGGACCGAACCCUAGAACAGGUUCUGGAGGGACAGAAUGGCCUGCUGCACUUUGCUCAGGCAGCAGCACUGUUAAAGCGGGCCGGUAUGGAGCACAUGCUCCUGCCUGGGGGCAUGGGAGUGGGAGUUGGCGGUGGAGACGCAGGCUCGGGGGCUAGCGACUUGGAGGGUACGUCUGUCACGGACGCCGUAGGUGGUCCUGUUGACUUCCCAUAUGGAGUAGGGGGUGGCUUCCCCUUCAACCCGGGGCUUUUCAUCAUGACGCCGGCUGGAGUGUUUCUGGCAGACAGCGCGCUACACAUGGCCAGCCUGGCCGAGUACCCAGCGCAGAGCGAGCUAGCCUCUGCGAUCAACUCCGGUAAAAAGAAGCGAAAACGUUGCGGCAUGUGCCCACCUUGCCGACGGCGGAUAAACUGCGAGCAAUGCAGCAGCUGCCGGAAUCGCAAAACAGGCCACCAGAUCUGCAAGUUUCGCAAAUGUGAGGAGUUGAAGAAGAAGCCCUCUGCUGCUCUGGAGAAGGUGAUGCUUCCUACAGGAGCGGCGUUCCGGUGGUUCCAGUAGGACUCUUCCUCCACUCCCUUCCCAAAGCUCUGCCAUCAAGUGCAAUGCCAACUCCUGGAUUGUCUCCGGAACAGACACUGGCUAAUAAACAAACAAGCAACAAAUAAAAUCAUAGGGGGGAAAAAAAACCCGACAAAAACAAAGCCGAAAAAAAAAAAAAAAAUCAAUCGGGUAAUGGAUGCACCUACUUAUUCCUUGAACCAAAAAUGAAGCGUAAAGAAGAGCAUCUUUGGCAACAACUUUCAUUCCCUUUUCUAUGUUUCCCAUUUUGGUACCUUUUGUCCUUUUUCCAGCAGUUUUUUUUUUCUUCUCCGUUGCUUAAACAUGGAACUGUUACCAGAAACAGAAAUGACGGACUGAGUGUGGACAAUCAACUAAUUUCUGUGUUUGGUGUUAAUGUUGUUCAUGUGUGGAAAGAUACAGUACUUGUGUAGAGAAUGUAAAUUUACAGCUAUAUUUUAAAAACUAGUGGCUAAUGGCAAACAUUAUUGUAAUUCUUCACCAUUAUGUUAGUUAAACCCUCGUCUAUUUCAUGACUCAUUUUGCUAAGGAGUACCUUCUCAGACACACCGGUGUUUGUAUUUGAAAGGCAAAGAAAAAUGUUCCAAAUUGUGAUUUUGAACCUGAAAUGAAACUGAAAAAGUCAUGUUUUUCGGUCAGAUCUCCAGAAACCCUCUACUGGGUCGAAGACGCUGUUCGCCAGAGCCGUCACUGCUAUAAUCUCCUCAAUCUGCCCUCCUCUGUAUUUCCAAACUUUUCCUUUAGUGAAACUGGCAGCCUUACGUUACUGUGGCCCAACUGAGCAUGUGCCAGUGCUGCUCAGGGCAAUAGCACUAAGAGACAGCACUUGCUCUGAGUCAACCCUGCUGAACGCACUGAGACAAGAUUACCUUUUUUUUUUUUUUUUUUUUUACAUUUUGUUUGUUUAUUUGUUAUUUUCAUGACUUUUGUUAUGUUGCUGGGUAGCUGCAGCUUUUAAAAAUAACCAAUCUUUGUAUUUGUUUAGAAAAUUGGACUGGUUUUGUGAAUAAAAAGGAAUGCAUGUAUUCGUGUCAAAAUUUA